AUGGGAAGAAAUGGGAUCGCCAAAGCACCAAAGCUACUGAUAAGGAGUUGGAAGCAAUUUCAAGGGCAUGCAGGGAUCAGCAACAAAGCUGCAAAACCAAAUCCGAUGGUCGUGGUCGACUACUCUAAAGAUAUUUCCGAUCAUAGGGAUAAGAGAACAGAGAUCAACCGUCGCAGCGAAGAGGAGAUUAGUGUUAUCAGUUGGAUCCCACACCCACGUACCGGAAUAUUCUUUCCUCCGGGACAAGAGUGGGUGAUGAACGACGUCCCUGACGGUGCUGCCGCCUUCGACAUAACCUUUUGGCUUAGGAACGUCGACGGUGUUGAUAAACCUGAUCCUGAUCAUCACUUUCCUUAA